AGGCACACGGCUCGAGGACGGUGUGAGGAAGGAUACCCUGCAGCGAGGGACCUCCAGGACGCCGGGGAAGUUUCAAAGCCCACGCUGACCCUCAAGAAAGCCCAAGAACCUUUCGUCUUCACCCCGGAUUUUGGAUCAGCUGAGAGCGUCCAAGCAUCUGCCUACGCACUUACAACAAAAGCAAAAGCCUUUUAGAUCAAGAUGGAAACCAACGGUGAGCUGAGGGAUAAUGGCUCCUCAGAAGUCCAUGGACCUGUGGCAGGCAUAUUUCUGGAGAUGUCAAAAGAGAAGAUAACCAUAUAUAAAGCCAUGAAAAAACGUCUGCUUAAGCCAGGAACAGCAUUAGCCCUGCUUGAAGCACAAGCUGCAACAGUGGGCAUCAUUGACCCGAUAAACAACCGAAUACUUUCAGUUGUAGAUGCUGUUACAGAGGGAAUAGUUGGCCCAGAGAUGAAGGAGAAACUCUUAACUGCAGGGAAAGCUGUCAGCGGUUAUGUAGACCCCUACACCAAUGAAAUGAUAUCUGUAUUCCAAGCCAUGAAAAAAGAUCUAGUGCCCAGAGAUUAUGGGAUGAGGCUGCUGGAGGCACAGAUAGCGACGCAGGGUCUGUUUGAUCCUGUGGAGAAGAAAAACAUCUCGGCUGAUGCUGCGAUUGAAAAGGGCAUCUAUGAGAAAGGUUUGCUCAACGACCAGAUGUCAGAGCUCAAAGUGUUUUACAAUCCAAGCACCCAAGAAAAUCUCAACUACAAAAGCCUCUUAGGGAAAUGCACCGUGGAGCCAGACACAGGCCUCUUGCUCCUUCCUGUUUGCAUUGCUUUCAAAGGUCUGCGCAAGGGCAUUUCCUCCACCCAACUACUUGAGUCCAAGAUCAUUGAUGAAGAGACAUUCGAGGACCUGCAGAAAGGAAAGACCACAACACAGGAUGUGAUGUUGAUGGAAACAGUGAAAGAAUACCUGGAAGGCAAAGGCAGUGUUGCGGGCAUUGCCCUGCUCUCAACCAACCAGAGAAUGAGUUUAUAUCAAGCCAAGAAGCAAGGCAUACUGAUGCCUGGAACAGCACUUGUCCUACUGGAGGCGCAAGCUGCAACUGGUUUCAUGGUGGACCCUGUUGAAAAUAAAAAGUACAACGUGGAUGAAGCAGUCAGGCACAAACUUGUCGGCCCAGAAUAUCAUGCAAAGCUGCGUUCUGCUGAGCAAGCUGUGACUGGGUACAAAGAUCCAUAUUCAGGGGAGACUAUAUCCCUGUUUCAAGCAAUGUCACAGGAUCUCAUUGUCAAAGACCAUGGGAUCCGACUUCUUGAAGCACAAAUUGCUACAGGAGGAAUAAUAGACCCGAUCAACAGCCACAGGCUUCCUACAGAGAUUGCUUUCAAGAGAGGGUAUUUCAAUGAGGAAAUGAAUGCUAUACUGGAAGAUGCGGGAGAUGACACCAAAGGUUUUUUUGAUCCAAACACAAAGGAAAAUCUAACCUAUCUUCAGCUGGUGCAAAGAUGUGUCACUGAUCCUGUCACCGGACUGGUCCUUCUCCCUCUACAUGAUAAAUCAGACAAGUUUAAUUACAGCUUCAUAGAUUACCAAACUAAAAUGGUUUUCAAAGAGGAGAGGGUAAAUGUGACAUGUGGGAGAUACGCAGGAAUUAAAGUAUCCCUGUGGGAACUGCUGAUGUCUGAAUACUUUGAUGAGCACCAGAGGAAAGACAUCUUUCAGAAAUACAAAGAGGGGAAGCUCAGAAUUAGGGUGAUCAUUACAAUGGUUCUGGAGGUCAUAGAAAGGUCUGUGAAAACAACGAAAGUUAUCUUUGAAGGCAUCAGAGAAAAUGUCACAGCCAAACAGCUUGUGGACGCUGAUAUCAUCAGUGAGAAGGUCCUGGAGGAUCUGGAAAAGGGAAAAAAGUCAGUGAAGGAAAUCACAGAGGAUGAAAGUGUAAACAUGUACCUACAAGGGAAAAACAGCAUUGCAGGUGUCUUGCUCCCAGACUCCCAGAUCAUGACUAUCUACCAGGCCAGACAGAAGGGAAAGCUGAUGCCAGGAACUGCCCUGGUUCUCCUGGAGGCUCAGGCAGCCACAGGGUUCAUUAUUGACCCGAUUGGAAACAGGAAGUUCUCGGUGGAUGAUGCUGUCAAAGCAAAGAUUGUGGGGGCUGAUAUUUGUCAGAAGCUGCGUUCAGCAGAGAGAGCAGUCACUGGAUACAGAGAUCCCCAUGAUGAAAAGAUAAUCUCUUUGUUCCAAGCGAUGCAGAAAGACCUCAUCCUAAAACACCAUGGAGUUCGACUUCUGGAGGCACAAAUUGCCACAGGUGGAAUCAUUGACCCAAUCAACAGCCACCGCAUCCCUGUCCAUGUGGCCUAUAAAAGGGGGUACUUUAAUGAAGAGAUGAAUGAGAUCCUGAGUGAUCCAAGUGAUGACACCAAAGGAUUCUUCGACCCCAAUACCCAAGAGAACCUGACAUACUUGCAGCUUAUGGACAGAUGUGUCAUGGACCCCAGUACAGGUCUGUGCCUCCUGUCUCUUAAGAGCAAGAGUAAGAGGAUUAACAUUGAUAAUUACAUGCAGGAAAUCUUCAAAACAACAGUAGUUACUGUCAAGUAUGGCAGAUUCAAGGGCAAGCACACAACAUUGUGGGAUCUUAUCAAUUCAGAGUAUCUGUCUGAGGACAAACGACAGGAGUUUUUCAAGCUCUUCAGGUCCAGGAAAAUCACAACAGAACAACUCACGGUCACAAUUGUGGAAAUCAUUGAGAGUAAAGAAAUAAAAGAGCAAGAAAGUCUGAAGUUUGAAGGUCUCAGAGGAGAAGUCUCCGUUGUGGAUCUUCUGAAGCUUGAAAUUGUGGAUGAAAAGACAUACAACAGUUUGGUUUCUGGAAAGAUGACCUGCAAUGACGUGCUGAAGAUGGAGAGUGUAAGAGCCUACCUGAGAGGGACAAGCUGUGUUGCUGGACUGAUACUGCAACCCUCCAAUCAGAAACUAAGCAUCUACGGGGCACAGAAAAUGGGCAUCAUCUCACCUGGUACUGCCCUUUGCCUCCUUGAAGCACAAGCUGCUACAGGGUUCGUUGUUGAUCCUCUGAAUAAUAAAAAGCUCACAGUCGAACAAGCUCUCAGAGAAAAGGUAAUUGGUCCACAAAUGUAUGAAAAGCUUUUGUCUGCAGAGAGAGCUGUCACUGGUUACACAGAUCCAUACACGGGUCAAAAGAUCUCACUGUUCCAAGCCCUGCAAAAGGAUCUCAUUGUUCAGCAGCAUGGCAUUCGUUUACUCGAGGCCCAGAUCGCUACAGGUGGUAUCAUUGACCCCUUGAAGUGUCUUCACUUACCUCUGGAGGUUGCAUACAGGAAGGGAUAUUUUGAUGCAGAACUAAAUCAAAUCCUAACGGAUCCAACAGAUGACACUAAGGGCUUCUUUGACCCAAAGACACAAGACAACCUGACAUACCUAGAAAUGCUGAGCAGAUGUGUGAAAGACAAGGAGACCGGACUUUUUCUGCUGCCACUGGGUGACAGACCAAAGGCAAAAGCAACAAAGGAGAAAACGUUUACUGACAUAGAGAUAAAGCAAGAGUUUGAGAAGACAUGCAUAAACAUAUCUGUAGGACACUUCUCAGGACGAUCUGUUUCACUCUGGGACUUGGUCCAUUCUGGGUACUUCAGUGAGGAUCAGCGGCUUGAAAUCAUUGACAAGUACAGAAGAAAGCAGAUCAGCACACAAACAAUAAUCACCACAGUCAUUUCCAUAAUAGAGAAACUGGAGAAAAGUGAACCCCCUAAAAUGACGAUGGGCACCUCAACAACAACUACCUUCACAAAAAUCACAGAGACAACAAAGUUCCAGGGAAUCAGGAAAGAUGUUGAUGCUACUGAGCUGCUUGAAUCCAAAAUUAUUGAUGAGGACCUCUACAAAGACCUAAGAACCGGAAAAGUCACAGUGACUGAAAUUAGUGAAAUGGACUCAGUUCGCAAGUACCUCGAAGGCACCAACAGCAUUGCCGGAGUGUAUCUCCAGUCCACCAAGGAGAUUCUGAGCAUCUACGAUGCAAAAAGCAGAGGUCUACUGACUCCUGGUACCUCUCUGGUUCUGCUGGAGGCCCAGGCUGCCACCGGCUUUGUCAUCGAUCCAGUCAACAACAAGAAACUUUCUGUAGAGGAAGCUGUAGAUCAACAAUUGGUAGGCAAUGAGUGGAAGAAAAAACUGCUUUCAGCAGAAAGAGCAGUUACAGGAUACAAUGAUCCAUACACCGAGAAAACAAUUUCCCUGUUCCAAGCCUUGAAAAAAGAUCUCAUUGUCAAGGAUCAUGGAAUUCGUCUGCUUGAGGCACAAAUUGCCACAGGAGGAAUCAUCGAUCCAGUGUACAGUCACAGAGUGCCCGUACGGGUGGCAUAUCAAAGGGGAUACUUUGAUGAGGACAUGAACCAGAUCUUGUCUGACCCAGAUGAUGACACCAAAGGUUUCUUUGACCCCAACACUCAAGAGAACCUCACCUAUUUUCAGCUGAUUGAAAGGUGCAUUACAGACCCCCUCACAGGCCUCAGCCUGUUGGUCAUUGUGAAGAAAGGCGAGUUCUACUUCUAUGUUGAUGAAGCAACAAAACUCAUUCUGAAAUCUACAACAACAACCAAAGCAGGCGGGAAGUACAAAGGAACCACUGUGUCCCUGUGGGAUCUCCUCUACUCCAGAUACAUCACGGAAGAGAAGAGGAGACAGCUUGUCCAACAGUACAAAGCAGGAUCAAUCACCAUUGAAAGCUUUUUGGAAAUCAUCCUAACAAUCAUUCAGACACAGACUAUGUCAACCUCAUCUUCAUCAGUUGUCAAAUGCCAAUCACAGGAAACAGGAGUAGACAGCAGCUCAACAACAACUACCACCACAACAAUCACAGAGACAACAAAGUUCCAGGGAAUCAGGAAAGAUGUUGAUGCUACUGAGCUGCUUGAAUCCAAAAUUAUUGAUGAGGACCUCUACAAAGACCUAAGAACUGGAAAAGUCACAGUAACUGAAAUUAGUGAAAUGGACUCGGUACGCAAGUACCUCGAAGGCACCAACAGCAUUGCCGGAGUGUAUCUCCAGUCCACCCGGGAGACUCUUAGCAUCUACAAUGCAAAAAGCAGAGGCCUACUGACUCCUGGUACCUCUCUGGUUCUGCUGGAGGCCCAGGCUGCCACCGGCUUUGUCAUCGAUCCAGUCAACAACAAGAAACUUUCCGUAGAGGAAGCUGUAGAUCAACAAGUGGUAGGCAAUGAGUGGAAGAAAAAACUGCUUUCAGCAGAAAGAGCAGUUACAGGAUACAAUGAUCCAUACACCGAGAAAACAAUUUCCCUGUUCCAGGCCUUGAAAAAAGAUCUCAUCGUCAAGGAUCACGGAAUUCGUCUGCUUGAGGCACAAAUUGCCACAGGAGGAAUCAUCGAUCCAGUGUACAGUCACAGAGUGCCCGUACGGGUGGCAUAUCAAAGGGGAUACUUUGAUGAGGACAUGAACCAGAUCUUGUCUGACCCAGAUGAUGACACCAAAGGUUUCUUUGACCCCAACACUCAAGAGAACCUCACCUACCUUCAGCUGAUUGAAAGGUGUAUUACAGACCCCCUCACAGGCCUCAGUCUGUUGGUCAUUGUGAAGAAAGGCGAGUUCUACUUCUAUGUUGAUGAAGCAACAAAACUCAUUCUGAAAUCUACAAUAACAACCAAAGCAGGCGGCAAGUACAAAGGAACCACUGUGUCCCUGUGGGAUCUCCUCUACUCCAGAUACAUCACGGAAGAGAAGAGGAGACAGCUUGUCCAACAGUACAAAGCAGGAUCAAUCACCAUUGAAAGCUUUUUGGAAAUCAUCCUAACAAUCAUUCAGACGCAGACUACAUCAACCUCAUCUUCAUCAGUUGUCAAAUGCCAAUCACAGGAAACAGGAGUAGACAGCAGCUCAACAACAACUACCACCACAACAAUCACAGAGACAACAAAGUUCCAGGGAAUCAGGAAAGAUGUUGAUGCUACUGAGCUGCUUGAAUCCAAAAUUAUUGACGAGGACCUCUACAAAGACCUAAGAACUGGAAAAGUCACAGUGACUGAAAUUAGUGAAAUGGACUCGGUACGCAAGUACCUCGAGGGCACCAACAGCAUUGCCGGAGUGUAUCUCCAGUCCACCCGGGAGACUCUUAGCAUCUACAAUGCAAAAAGCAGAGGCCUACUGACUCCUGGUACCUCUCUGGUUCUGCUGGAGGCCCAGGCUGCCACCGGCUUUGUCAUCGAUCCAGUCAACAACAAGAAACUUUCCGUAGAGGAAGCUGUAGAUCAACAAGUGGUAGGCAAUGAGUGGAAGAAAAAACUGCUUUCAGCAGAAAGAGCAGUUACAGGAUACAAUGAUCCAUACACCGAGAAAACAAUUUCCCUGUUCCAGGCCUUGAAAAAAGAUCUCAUCGUCAAGGAUCAUGGAAUUCGUCUGCUUGAGGCACAAAUUGCCACAGGAGGGAUCAUCGAUCCAGUGUACAGUCACAGAGUGCCCGUACGGGUGGCAUAUCAAAGGGGAUACUUUGAUGAGGACAUGAACCAGAUCUUGUCUGACCCAGAUGAUGACACCAAAGGUUUCUUUGACCCCAACACUCAAGAGAACCUCACCUACCUUCAGCUGAUUGAAAGGUGUAUUACAGACCCCCUCACAGGCCUCAGUCUGUUGGUCAUUGUGAAGAAAGGCGAGUUCUACUUCUAUGUUGAUGAAGCAACAAAACUCAUUCUGAAAUCUACAAUAACAACCAAAGCAGGCGGCAAGUACAAAGGAACCACUGUGUCCCUGUGGGAUCUCCUCUACUCCAGAUACAUCACGGAAGAGAAGAGGAGACAGCUUGUCCAACAGUACAAAGCAGGAUCAAUCACCAUUGAAAGCUUUUUGGAAAUCAUCCUAACAAUCAUUCAGACGCAGACUACAUCAACCUCAUCUUCAUCAGUUGUCAAAUGCCAAUCACAGGAAACAGGAGUAGACAGCAGCUCAACAACAACUACCACCACAACAAUCACAGAGACAACAAAGUUCCAGGGAAUCAGGAAAGAUGUUGAUGCUACUGAGCUGCUUGAAUCCAAAAUUAUUGACGAGGACCUCUACAAAGACCUAAGAACUGGAAAAGUCACAGUGACUGAAAUUAGUGAAAUGGACUCGGUACGCAAGUACCUCGAGGGCACCAACAGCAUUGCCGGAGUGUAUCUCCAGUCCACCCGGGAGACUCUUAGCAUCUACAAUGCAAAAAGCAGAGGCCUACUGACUCCUGGUACCUCUCUGGUUCUGCUGGAGGCCCAGGCUGCCACCGGCUUUGUCAUCGAUCCAGUCAACAACAAGAAACUUUCCGUAGAGGAAGCUGUAGAUCAACAAGUGGUAGGCAAUGAGUGGAAGAAAAAACUGCUUUCAGCAGAAAGAGCAGUUACAGGAUACAAUGAUCCAUACACCGAGAAAACAAUUUCCCUGUUCCAGGCCUUGAAAAAAGAUCUCAUCGUCAAGGAUCACGGAAUUCGUCUGCUUGAGGCACAAAUUGCCACAGGAGGGAUCAUCGAUCCAGUGUACAGUCACAGAGUGCCCGUACGGGUGGCAUAUCAAAGGGGAUACUUUGAUGAGGACAUGAACCAGAUCUUGUCUGACCCAGAUGAUGACACCAAAGGUUUCUUUGACCCCAACACUCAAGAGAACCUCACCUACCUUCAGCUGAUUGAAAGGUGUAUUACAGACCCCCUCACAGGCCUCAGUCUGUUGGUCAUUGUGAAGAAAGGCGAGUUCUACUUCUAUGUUGAUGAAGCAACAAAACUCAUUCUGAAAUCUACAAUAACAACCAAAGCAGGCGGCAAGUACAAAGGAACCACUGUGUCCCUGUGGGAUCUCCUCUACUCCAGAUACAUCACGGAAGAGAAGAGGAGACAGCUUGUCCAACAGUACAAAGCAGGAUCAAUCACCAUUGAAAGCUUUUUGGAAAUCAUCCUAACAAUCAUUCAGACACAGACUAUGUCAACCUCAUCUUCAUCAGUUGUCAAAUGCCAAUCACAGGAAACAGGAGUAGACAGCAGCUCAACAACAACUACCACCACAACAAUCACAGAGACAACAAAGUUCCAGGGAAUCAGGAAAGAUGUUGAUGCUACUGAGCUGCUUGAAUCCAAAAUUAUUGAUGAGGACCUCUACAAAGACCUAAGAACUGGAAAAGUCACAGUAACUGAAAUUAGUGAAAUGGACUCGGUACGCAAGUACCUCGAGGGCACCAACAGCAUUGCCGGAGUGUAUCUCCAGUCCACCCGGGAGACUCUUAGCAUCUACAAUGCAAAAAGCAGAGGCCUACUGACUCCUGGUACCUCUCUGGUUCUGCUGGAGGCCCAGGCUGCCACCGGCUUUGUCAUCGAUCCAGUCAACAACAAGAAACUUUCCGUAGAGGAAGCUGUAGAUCAACAAGUGGUAGGCAAUGAGUGGAAGAAAAAACUGCUUUCAGCAGAAAGAGCAGUUACAGGAUACAAUGAUCCAUACACCGAGAAAACAAUUUCCCUGUUCCAGGCCUUGAAAAAAGAUCUCAUCGUCAAGGAUCACGGAAUUCGUCUGCUUGAGGCACAAAUUGCCACAGGAGGAAUCAUCGAUCCAGUGUACAGUCACAGAGUGCCCGUACGGGUGGCAUAUCAAAGGGGAUACUUUGAUGAGGACAUGAACCAGAUCUUGUCUGACCCAGAUGAUGACACCAAAGGUUUCUUUGACCCCAACACUCAAGAGAACCUCACCUACCUUCAGCUGAUUGAAAGGUGUAUUACAGACCCCCUCACAGGCCUCAGUCUGUUGGUCAUUGUGAAGAAAGGCGAGUUCUACUUCUAUGUUGAUGAAGCAACAAAACUCAUUCUGAAAUCUACAAUAACAACCAAAGCAGGCGGCAAGUACAAAGGAACCACUGUGUCCCUGUGGGAUCUCCUCUACUCCAGAUACAUCACGGAAGAGAAGAGGAGACAGCUUGUCCAACAGUACAAAGCAGGAUCAAUCACCAUUGAAAGCUUUUUGGAAAUCAUCCUAACAAUCAUUCAGACGCAGACUACAUCAACCUCAUCUUCAUCAGUUGUCAAAUGCCAAUCACAGGAAACAGGAGUAGACAGCAGCUCAACAACAACUACCACCACAACAAUCACAGAGACAACAAAGUUCCAGGGAAUCAGGAAAGAUGUUGAUGCUACUGAGCUGCUUGAAUCCAAAAUUAUUGACGAGGACCUCUACAAAGACCUAAGAACUGGAAAAGUCACAGUGACUGAAAUUAGUGAAAUGGACUCGGUACGCAAGUACCUCGAGGGCACCAACAGCAUUGCCGGAGUGUAUCUCCAGUCCACCCGGGAGACUCUUAGCAUCUACAAUGCAAAAAGCAGAGGCCUACUGACUCCUGGUACCUCUCUGGUUCUGCUGGAGGCCCAGGCUGCCACCGGCUUUGUCAUCGAUCCAGUCAACAACAAGAAACUUUCCGUAGAGGAAGCUGUAGAUCAACAAGUGGUAGGCAAUGAGUGGAAGAAAAAACUGCUUUCAGCAGAAAGAGCAGUUACAGGAUACAAUGAUCCAUACACCGAGAAAACAAUUUCCCUGUUCCAGGCCUUGAAAAAAGAUCUCAUCGUCAAGGAUCACGGAAUUCGUCUGCUUGAGGCACAAAUUGCCACAGGAGGAAUCAUCGAUCCAGUGUACAGUCACAGAGUGCCCGUACGGGUGGCAUAUCAAAGGGGAUACUUUGAUGAGGACAUGAACCAGAUCUUGUCUGACCCAGAUGAUGACACCAAGGGUUUCUUUGACCCCAACACUCAAGAGAACCUCACCUACCUUCAGCUGAUUGAAAGGUGUAUUACAGACCCCCUCACAGGCCUCAGUCUGUUGGUCAUUGUGAAGAAAGGCGAGUUCUACUUCUAUGUUGAUGAAGCAACAAAACUCAUUCUGAAAUCUACAAUAACAACCAAAGCAGGCGGCAAGUACAAAGGAACCACUGUGUCCCUGUGGGAUCUCCUCUACUCCAGAUACAUCACGGAAGAGAAGAGGAGACAGCUUGUCCAACAGUACAAAGCAGGAUCAAUCACCAUUGAAAGCUUUUUGGAAAUCAUCCUAACAAUCAUUCAGACGCAGACUACAUCAACCUCAUCUUCAUCAGUUGUCAAAUGCCAAUCACAGGAAACAGGAGUAGACAGCAGCUCAACAACAACUACCACCACAACAAUCACAGAGACAACAAAGUUCCAGGGAAUCAGGAAAGAUGUUGAUGCUACUGAGCUGCUUGAAUCCAAAAUUAUUGACGAGGACCUCUACAAAGACCUAAGAACUGGAAAAGUCACAGUGACUGAAAUUAGUGAAAUGGACUCGGUACGCAAGUACCUCGAGGGCACCAACAGCAUUGCCGGAGUGUAUCUCCAGUCCACCCGGGAGACUCUUAGCAUCUACAAUGCAAAAAGCAGAGGCCUACUGACUCCUGGUACCUCUCUGGUUCUGCUAGAGGCCCAGGCUGCCACCGGCUUUGUCAUCGAUCCAGUCAACAACAAGAAACUUUCCGUAGAGGAAGCUGUACAUCAACAAGUGGUAGGCAAUGAGUGGAAGAAAAAACUGCUUUCAGCUGAAAGAGCAGUUACAGGAUACAAUGAUCCAUACACCGAGAAAACAAUUUCCCUGUUCCAGGCCUUGAAAAAAGAUCUCAUCGUCAAGGAUCACGGAAUUCGUCUGCUUGAGGCACAAAUUGCCACAGGAGGAAUCAUCGAUCCAGUGUACAGUCACAGAGUGCCCGUACGGGUGGCAUAUCAAAGGGGAUACUUUGAUGAGGACAUGAACCAGAUCUUGUCUGACCCAGAUGAUGACACCAAAGGUUUCUUUGACCCCAACACUCAAGAGAACCUCACCUACCUUCAGCUGAUUGAAAGGUGUAUUACAGACCCCCUCACAGGCCUCAGUCUGUUGGUCAUUGUGAAGAAAGGCGAGUUCUACUUCUAUGUUGAUGAAGCAACAAAACUCAUUCUGAAAUCUACAAUAACAACCAAAGCAGGCGGCAAGUACAAAGGAACCACUGUGUCCCUGUGGGAUCUCCUCUACUCCAGAUACAUCACGGAAGAGAAGAGGAGACAGCUUGUCCAACAGUACAAAGCAGGAUCAAUCACCAUUGAAAGCUUUUUGGAAAUCAUCCUAACAAUCAUUCAGACGCAGACUACAUCAACCUCAUCUUCAUCAGUUGUCAAAUGCCAAUCACAGGAAACAGGAGUAGACAGCAGCUCAACAACAACUACCACCACAACAAUCACAGAGACAACAAAGUUCCAGGGAAUCAGGAAAGAUGUUGAUGCUACUGAGCUGCUUGAAUCCAAAAUUAUUGACGAGGACCUCUACAAAGACCUAAGAACUGGAAAAGUCACAGUGACUGAAAUUAGUGAAAUGGACUCGGUACGCAAGUACCUCGAGGGCACCAACAGCAUUGCCGGAGUGUAUCUCCAGUCCACCCGGGAGACUCUUAGCAUCUACAAUGCAAAAAGCAGAGGCCUACUGACUCCUGGUACCUCUCUGGUUCUGCUGGAGGCCCAGGCUGCCACCGGCUUUGUCAUCGAUCCAGUCAACAACAAGAAACUUUCCGUAGAGGAAGCUGUACAUCAACAAGUGGUAGGCAAUGAGUGGAAGAAAAAACUGCUUUCAGCUGAAAGAGCAGUUACAGGAUACAAUGAUCCAUACACCGAGAAAACAAUUUCCCUGUUCCAGGCCUUGAAAAAAGAUCUCAUCGUCAAGGAUCACGGAAUUCGUCUGCUUGAGGCACAAAUUGCCACAGGAGGAAUCAUCGAUCCAGUGUACAGUCACAGAGUGCCCGUACGGGUGGCAUAUCAAAGGGGAUACUUUGAUGAGGACAUGAACCAGAUCUUGUCUGACCCAGAUGAUGACACCAAAGGUUUCUUUGACCCCAACACUCAAGAGAACCUCACCUACCUUCAGCUGAUUGAAAGGUGUAUUACAGACCCCCUCACAGGCCUCAGUCUGUUGGUCAUUGUGAAGAAAGGCGAGUUCUACUUCUAUGUUGAUGAAGCAACAAAACUCAUUCUGAAAUCUACAAUAACAACCAAAGCAGGCGGCAAGUACAAAGGAACCACUGUGUCCCUGUGGGAUCUCCUCUACUCCAGAUACAUCACGGAAGAGAAGAGGAGACAGCUUGUCCAACAGUACAAAGCAGGAUCAAUCACCAUUGAAAGCUUUUUGGAAAUCAUCCUAACAAUCAUUCAGACGCAGACUACAUCAACCUCAUCUUCAUCAGUUGUCAAAUGCCAAUCACAGGAAACAGGAGUAGACAGCAGCUCAACAACAACUACCACCACAACAAUCACAGAGACAACAAAGUUCCAGGGAAUCAGGAAAGAUGUUGAUGCUACUGAGCUGCUUGAAUCCAAAAUUAUUGACGAGGACCUCUACAAAGACCUAAGAACUGGAAAAGUCACUGUGACUGAAAUUAGUGAAAUGGACUCGGUACGCAAGUACCUCGAGGGCACCAACAGCAUUGCCGGAGUGUAUCUCCAGUCCACCCGGGAGACUCUUAGCAUCUACAAUGCAAAAAGCAGAGGCCUACUGACUCCUGGUACCUCUCUGGUUCUGCUGGAGGCCCAGGCUGCCACCGGCUUUGUCAUCGAUCCAGUCAACAACAAGAAACUUUCCGUAGAGGAAGCUGUAGAUCAACAAGUGGUAGGCAAUGAGUGGAAGAAAAAACUGCUUUCAGCAGAAAGAGCAGUUACAGGAUACAAUGAUCCAUACACCGAGAAAACAAUUUCCCUGUUCCAGGCCUUGAAAAAAGAUCUCAUCGUCAAGGAUCAUGGAAUUCGUCUGCUUGAGGCACAAAUUGCCACAGGAGGGAUCAUCGAUCCAGUGUACAGUCACAGAGUGCCCGUACGGGUGGCAUAUCAAAGGGGAUACUUUGAUGAGGAGAUGAACCAGAUCUUGUCUGACCCAGAUGAUGACACCAAAGGUUUCUUUGACCCCAACACUCAAGAGAACCUCACAUACCUUCAGCUGAUUGAAAGGUGUAUUACAGACCCCCUCACAGGCCUCAGUCUGUUGGUCAUUGUGAAGAAAGGCGAGUUCUACUUCUAUGUUGACGAAGCAACAAAACUCAUUCUGAAAUCUACAACAACAACCAAAGCAGGCGGGAAGUACAAAGGAACCACUGUGUCCCUGUGGGAUCUCCUCUACUCCAGAUACAUCACGGAAGAGAAGAGGAGACAGCUUGUCCAACAGUACAAAGCAGGAUCAAUCACCAUUAAAAGCUUUUUGGAAAUCAUCCUAACAAUCAUUCAGACGCAGACUACAUCAACCUCAUCUUCAUCAGUUGUCAAAUGCCAAUCACAGGAAACAGGAGUAGACAGCAGCUCAACAACAACUACCACCACAACAAUCACAGAGACAACAAAGUUCCAGGGAAUCAGGAAAGAUGUUGAUGCUACUGAGCUGCUUGAAUCCAAAAUUAUUGAUGAGGACCUCUACAAAGACCUAAGAACUGGAAAAGUCACAGUGACUGAAAUUAGUGAAAUGGACUCGGUACGCAAGUACCUCGAGGGCACCAACAGCAUUGCCGGAGUGUACCUCCAGUCCACCCGGGAGACUCUUAGCAUCUACAAUGCAAAAAGCAGAGGCCUACUGACUCCUGGUACCUCUCUGGUUCUGCUGGAGGCCCAGGCUGCCACCGGCUUUGUCAUCGAUCCAGUCAACAACAAGAAACUUUCCGUAGAGGAAGCUGUAGAUCAACAAGUGGUUGGCAAUGAGUGGAAGAAAAAACUGCUUUCAGCAGAAAGAGCAGUUACAGGAUACAAUGAUCCAUACACCGAGAAAACAAUUUCCCUGUUCCAGGCCUUGAAAAAAGAUCUCAUCGUCAAGGAUCAUGGAAUUCGUCUGCUUGAGGCACAAAUUGCCACAGGAGGAAUCAUCGAUCCAGUGUACAGUCACAGAGUACCCGUACGGGUGGCAUAUCAAAGGGGAUACUUUGAUGAGGACAUGAACCAGAUCUUGUCUGACCCAGAUGAUGACACCAAAGGUUUCUUUGACCCCAACACUCAAGAGAACCUCACAUACCUUCAGCUGAUUGAAAGGUGUAUUACAGACCCCCUCACAGGCCUCAGUCUGUUGGUCAUUGUGAAGAAAGGCGAGUUCUACUUCUAUGUUGAUGAAGCAACAAAACUCAUUCUGAAAUCUACAACAACAACCAAAGCAGGCGGGAAAUACAAAGGAACCUCUGUGUCCCUGUGGGAUCUCCUCUACUCCAGAUACAUCACGGAAGAGAAGAGGAGACAGCUUGUCCAACAGUACAAAGCAGGAUCAAUCACCAUUAAAAGCUUUUUGGAAAUCAUCCUAACAAUCAUUCAGAUGCAGACUACAUCAACCUCAUCUUCAUCAGUUGUCAAAUGCCAAUCACAGGAAACAGGAGUAGACAGCAGCUCAACAACAACUACCACCACAACAAUCACAGAGACAACAAAGUUCCAGGGAAUCAGGAAAGAUGUUGAUGCUACUGAGCUGCUUGAAUCCAAAAUUAUUGAUGAGGACCUCUACAAAGACCUAAGAACUGGAAAAGUCACAGUGACUGAAAUUAGUGAAAUGGACUCGGUACGCAAGUACCUCGAGGGCACCAACAGCAUUGCCGGAGUGUACCUCCAGUCCACCCGGGAGACUCUUAGCAUCUACAAUGCAAAAAGCAGAGGCCUACUGACUCCUGGUACCUCUCUGGUUCUGCUGGAGGCCCAGGCUGCCACCGGCUUUGUCAUCGAUCCAGUCAACAACAAGAAACUUUCCGUAGAGGAAGCUGUAGAUCAACAAGUGGUUGGCAAUGAGUGGAAGAAAAAACUGCUUUCAGCAGAAAGAGCAGUUACAGGAUACAAUGAUCCAUACACCGAGAAAACAAUUUCCCUGUUCCAGGCCUUGAAAAAAGAUCUCAUCGUCAAGGAUCAUGGAAUUCGUCUGCUUGAGGCACAAAUUGCCACAGGAGGAAUCAUCGAUCCAGUGUACAGUCACAGAGUACCCGUACGGGUGGCAUAUCAAAGGGGAUACUUUGAUGAGGACAUGAACCAGAUCUUGUCUGACCCAGAUGAUGACACCAAAGGUUUCUUUGACCCCAACACUCAAGAGAACCUCACAUACCUUCAGCUGAUUGAAAGGUGUAUUACAGACCCCCUCACAGGCCUCAGUCUGUUGGUCAUUGUGAAGAAAGGCGAGUUCUACUUCUAUGUUGAUGAAGCAACAAAACUCAUUCUGAAAUCUACAACAACAACCAAAGCAGGCGGGAAAUACAAAGGAACCUCUGUGUCCCUGUGGGAUCUCCUCUACUCCAGAUACAUCACGGAAGAGAAGAGGAGACAGCUUGUCCAACAGUACAAAGCAGGAUCAAUCACCAUUAAAAGCUUUUUGGAAAUCAUCCUAACAAUCAUUCAGACGCAGACUACAUCAACCUCAUCUUCAUCAGUUGUCAAAUGCCAAUCACAGGAAACAGGAGUAGACAGCAGCUCAACAACAACUACCACCACAACAAUCACAGAGACAACAAAGUUCCAGGGAAUCAGGAAAGAUGUUGAUGCUACUGAGCUGCUUGAAUCCAAAAUUAUUGAUGAGAGCCUCUACAAAGACCUAAGAACUGGGAAAGUAACAGUGACUGAAAUUAGUGAAUUGGACUCGGUACGCAAGUACCUCAAGGGCACCAACAGCAUUGCCGGAGUGUAUCUCCAGUCCACCCGGGAGCCUCUUAGCAUCUACAAUGCAAAAAGCAGAGGCCUACUGACUCCUGGUACCUCUCUGGUUCUGCUGGAGGCCCAGGCUGCCACCGGCUUUGUCAUCGAUCCAGUCAACAACAAGAAACUUUCCGUAGAGGAAGCUGUAGAUCAACAAUUGGUUGGCAAUGAGUGGAAGAAAAAACUGCUUUCAGCAGAAAGAGCAGUUACAGGAUACAAUGAUCCAUACACCGGAAAAACAAUUUCCCUGUUCCAGGCCUUGAAAAAAGAUCUCAUCGUAAAGGAUCAUGGAAUUCGUCUGCUUGAGGCACAAAUUGCCACAGGAGGGAUCAUCGAUCCAGUGUACAGUCACAGAGUGCCCGUACGGGUGGCAUAUCAAAGGGGAUACUUUGAUGAGGACAUGAACCAGAUCUUGUCUGACGCAGAUGAUGACACCAAAGGUUUCUUUGACCCGAACACUCAAGAGAACCUCACCUAUCUUCAGCUGAUUGAAAGGUGUAUUACAGACCCCCUCACAGGCCUCAGUUUACUCCCACUGAACAAAUGAAUGUUUUCGUAUCAAAUACAGUAUUAGCACUAUGUUUUUCCUUUACUAUGAAAAAAUCCAUGUCUUUUUAAUGCUUCAGCCAUUGGAAAGCAUAUAUUUUGAGUUAAUGCGAAAAGAAAAAGAAAAUAAAUAAAAAAAAAGUUGCACUGAGUUAGCUGAAACCCUUUCAGAAGAAAACAAUAUGUUGGUUGUGACUAAGUUGUGACUAAGACUACUCUUCUUCUACAGGUCUAAUCUGUAGUUUAGUAUCCUGUCUACUGAAUGUCCUGUUUUAAACACAUAUACCUGUAAUUGUAUCUGUUAUUUUAAUGUUAUUGUGGGUUUGGUUAUGGUUCUGAUUUAAUUAGAUGCACUUUAUCUGCUCUCACUUAAUAAUACUGCUUCAUGAUUGUUGAUUUGGAAAAAGGGAACCCUGUCGCUUUGUUUUUAUGGGUUUUCUUCUCAUCAUGUGACCCAGUGAUGAGGUGGGAUGUGAACUUUAAUAUGGCUUUUUUAUUGUAAAGACAUUUGAUUCAACAUGUUUGAAAUAAUUGCUCUUGAUGUGUCGUCAUAAACAGCCAUGAAAAGUUGCUUCGUCACAUGAAAAUCUUCCAUAUCAUCAUAACAGCCUGCAAUACAUAUAAUUCACUAAUAAAACAAAUCAAAUCGA